CGUAAAGUUCGUUCGAAUUAAUUAUUUCUUUAAAAUAUCGAAAAAUAUUCUUUUAAAAAUGUCGACUUUAAGCAGAGAUAUUUUAAGUGAGAAAGAUCGUGCAGUUCUCGAUUCAAUUUUUGAUCCUACUUUUUCCGGUAAUGGCAUUGUUUACGAUAAACAUGAGGUUUUGGAUCAUUUGCAAGACGACGAAGGUGAAAUAACUUCCGCUGUUGAACACUCACGAAAAACCGAAUUAGAAGCAAUUGCAGCGGCAGAAAAUGGAGAUUAUGAAAAAGCUUGUGAUUUAUUUGAGAUUUCGAUGGAUUUGGCGCCACACAGAGCAGCUCCUUACAACAAUAGGGCUCAAGUGUAUCGGAUUCAAGGUGACAAUGACGCUGCAAUGGAAGAUCUUAACAAAGCUCUGAAGCUAUGCAAAUCAUCUGGCAGAACAGGAUGUCGAGCACUUUGCCAAAGAGGAGUCCUAAAAAGACUUAAAAACGACAUCGAAGGCGCAAGAGCAGAUUUUGAGGAAGCCGCUAAAUUAGGAAGUCAAUUCGCAAAAUCACAGUUGGUUGAAAUAAAUCCGUAUUCCGCAAUGUGCAACCAAAUGUUACGUCAAGCGAUGGAUAAGCUGAACUAAAAGUAUUUGACACAAAUAAUUACAAUAAUUACAAUGAAUCAUAAUCGCGAGGAAAAAAAGUUUAAAACAAUUGUUGCAAGGUGCUAAAUAAAAAUAUUCAAUUACAUUUAAGAAGACGAAAGUUUACUUUUUGCGUUCCAUCAAUUAAAUUACAGGCGCUUCAGGUGCACAUGUCGUCGUCGUUGAAUCGCAUGCCAAGAAGCUCUUCAAGUCUCUGCGUUGUAAAAAUUAAUGAAACAAACAUCGAAAAACAUUAUAAUUAUUACGACAGGUUCACUUGUUCCAAUAAUAUUCCCUUAUUUUUGAAUUAAAAAUUUAAAGCAUAUCAUAAAAUUUAUCGGCGAAACAUGGCAGAAAAAAUGUAUAAAAUUAU